GAAGGUUUUGGGAAAAUCCACCAAGAAUGACUGUCAGGUCAUGGAAUCAACCAGCCACAUGGAGACAUUUGCCUCCCCAUCAACAUCAAAGGAAGUAUCCUCCACAGCAGUUGCCACAUCCUAUAGAUUUCCCUCUGACACGAGUAGAGGAACUCCCAGUUUCUUCCGACAUCGAACCGAAAGAUCAUUUACCAAGUGGAGCUGUUAACGAUGAUGAGAUCAAGACUAUUGUCAUUGAUGGCGUUCCGAAAGAUAUUCGAUUCUACGGCGAGUUGGGUAUCACAUUCAUCAGCUGGGAUGAUCCCAGGGAGUUGACAUUCCAGGAUGAUGUUGUUCGACAGAUCACAUUUAACAAUAAAGAGUCUUAUACGUUUUCUUUGAACCAUUCGUACAAAGAGGUUCUAGUUAAUGGACGUCUUCAUAAGGUAAAGAUCGGUGCUCCCAGCAGGGAGAUCUUCAUCGAUCAUGUGCCUUAUGAAUGCCGCUUUGGUAGUGCUAUUCGUAUUGACUUGGACGGAGUCAGCAUAACCUUGAAGCUGGAAGGACUGCCACCUCAAGUUAAAAUUGGUGACACAAAAAGGACAGAUCUAGUCGCUGGCAAAAUUAAUGUGUGCAUAGACGCCGAAGUUGUACCCGUGUUUCUAGAUGCUAAAGUUCAAAAGUUUGUUCUUAACGGUGAAACGCACACUUUAAAAUUUGUAAAUGCGUUGGAAACGGUUUUAAUAAAUGAUGUGCCUUUUAAUGUUGAAUAUGGUGGUCUCCCUGAACCUAUUGUAAUAAAUGGUAAACAACAUUCCAUAAGAUUUCCAGUAUUGCCCAAAGGUACAAAGCCCGGUAAGGUGAAUAUCAGGGAUAUGGAGGGCAAUGGCAACAUAAGCCCUAAGUUCGACAAGAAGAGCCAAGAGAGCAAUUCUGAUACCCGCGAUCCACCUCUGCCAAUCUAUAGGAACCUCUUGCAGCAAGAAAAUAUGAGUGAGUGGAGUUCGCAGAAUGAUAUGAUACCUACAUUGGCCUCCAUCCCUGAAGCUGGAGCUCAUCAGGUUGAAAACCAAUCGAACUCGGAUGUUCCAAAGAGUGGAACUACAACUUCUGAACCAAUUCCAAUUAUGAAUGUCGGUGACUUGUUCCAGAAACUAGUAGCGUUUGGUUUUAUUACUUCUACAGACCAGAAAAAUCCACCAGUUUCACAGGAACCUAUGGAUGAGAAUCCACCUAGUUCAAAUAAAGAAAUUUCUGUUGAAAAACCAAUAGCAAAACCUAUCUUUGCUCCAACGCUCUCCAAACUCAGACGAAAUAGCUGCGAAAAACUUAGGCCAAUUAAAUUUGAACAGCCGAAAACACUCAAGGUUCGACAGAAUGUUCUCUAUUCAACUCUUUACUCAGGAAUGCAGUGUAGCAGUUGUGGAAUGAGAUUUUCACCUGAGGCUAGUAUGCAGUAUAGUCAGCACUUAGAUUGGCAUUUCCGAAAAAAUCGAAGAGGAAAGAGGAAUAACCGUGUUGCAAAUAGCAGAAGGUGGUACUAUUCCUUGUCUGAUUGGAAGAAUUAUGAGGAACUAGAAGAUUUGAAAGAAAGAGAGAAAAAUUACUUUGAUCAGCAGCAGCAGCAAGCUGAUAAUGUUGGAGUGGAGGCAGAAGAAUACGCCGUCAAUCCCAGUGUUUCUGCCGAUCCUGAAUCAACAGACGAAUGUUGCGAUGUUUGUCGAGAUAAGUUUGAUUACUUUUUCAAUGAAGAGAAGGAAGAGUGGCAUCUAGAAAACGCUAUCAGGAUAGAGGACAAAACAUACCAUCCUCUUUGUUAUGAGGAUAAUCAGCAGCAAUCUCUUUUGGACCAAACGGCAGAUGAGAGUAGAAUUCAAUCGCCCAAACUAGCUAAACAAGAAGAAACAACUAUUCCCGGCCUUGAAAUAAUACUAGAUGUUGAUGAUGAGGAUGAAGAUAAUAAUGAUGUAGAUACGGAACCAAUGGAGGUGGUAUCCUUGGAAAGUGAUGAAUCCAAACAAGUACAAGAUGAAAAUGAUAAGACUGAGCAACCAUUUGAAAAAGGAGGGUAUGACAAUAAUGAUGACGUCAUUCUUAAUGAGGUUGCCCCGAUAGUGAUUGUAGUUGACGAUGAUGAAGAAAUGGGCCAAGAUGGUACUGAAUCUGAAAUGAACAACAACACUGAAGUUAAAAGAGACAGUAUGGAUGAUGGAUUCGUUGAGGUAUCAUGUCUUGUGAGCCUGCAGAAUGGAAAGCAAAUGAAGAUAAAAGCAGAGCCUGUGGAUUUAGGUGAGUUUAUAAAUCAAGAAGCUCUCACUGGUGCCUUACCGGAAGAACAGCCAGAGGAGCAACUGAAAGAAAUUCCUCUCUCUCAAACAGAACUGCUAACUAACAUGGAUGGAAAUAUUGUUUUAUUCUGA